UUCUACUUCAUCUUUAGGUGCUAGCUCUUCCUCUUCACCUCACCGGAAAACAUUAAAAAAAAAAAAAUGGUAGGAAUCCAAGCCAUUCAAAGGCCGGAGAAGCCUCUUGGUCCGGCUGCCAUCCUUGCCCUCGCCACUGCCAAUCCAUCCAACGUGGUCGACCAAAGCACCUUCGCCGACUACUACUUCCGCAUCACCAAAAAUGAAGAUAAACUAGCUCUCAAAGAGAAGUUCCAACGCAUUUCCGCCAAGACAACUGUGAGGAAGAGACAUAUCCAUCUAACUGAAGAAAUACUAAAAGAAAACCCAAACAUGUGCGAGUACAUGGCACCAUCACUGGACGCACGACAGGGGAUACUAAUCUCCGCCGUGCCUAACCUCGCCAGAGAUGCUGCCGAGAAAGCACUAAACGAAUGGGGCCAGCCACGAGAUGGAAUCACACACAUGAUCUUCUGUACCAUGACCGGUGCUGACAUGCCCGGGGCUGACUACAGACUGCUCAAGCUCCUCGAUCUCAAACCCAAUGUAAAACGUCUCAUGUUCUACCACCUCGGGUGCUACGCCGGCGGCACAGCCCUCCGUGUAGCAAAAGACCUCGCUGAAAACAACAAGAACGCCCGUGUGCUCGUUGUAUGCACAGAGAUCAGUGUUCACAAUUUCCGUGGCCCUGAAGAGACCAAUUACCAUAACCUCUGCGGACAAGCUAUUUUCGGUGACGGCGCAGCUGCACUGAUUAUCGGAGCUGAUCCGGUCAUUCCUGUAGAAAAACCUUUGUAUGAAAUAGUAUCAGCUAUGCAGGUUAUACUCCCCGGGAGCGAAGGCGCUGUUGAAGGACAUCUAAAAGAAGUUGGCCUGACUUUUCAUUCGACUUCACGAUUGCCGGAUAUCAUAGCAAAGAACUUAGAGCCAAGCUUGAAGGAAGCUUUUAAACCGUUGGGGAUCUCUGACUGGAAUGAGCUGUUCUGGUUGGCUCAUCCAGGAGGGCCGGGCGUGCUGGAUAGAGUGGCGGCAGAGCUCAGGUUGGGACCGAACAAGCUUGAUGAUUCCAGGCAUGUGCUGAGAGAGUAUGGGAACAUGUCAAGCACCACCGUGUUGUUUAUUAUGGAUGAGAUGAGACGACGAUCGGUGGCGGAGAAGAAGGAGACUACCGGAGAUGGGCUUGAGUGGGGAGUUCUUUAUGGGUUUGGUCCUGGACUCACAGUGGAGAUGGUGGUGCUGCAUGGUCUUCCUAUUUGAUUGAUUAGGGUUUUUGCAUGGGAUGAUGCAUGCUUGCAUGUGGGUUUGUUUUAUCUUUUAUUUUAUUUAUAGCUGUUAAUUAUGGGUUUGUCUCUUUGGCUUUUUUUAUUUAUUUAUUGAAAGUGUAAUACAUAAUAUACACGCGUUCUCACGUGAGUUAUAUGUGUUAUAAUAACCAAGGUUAAUUA